AGUGAUGUAAGCGAUGAAAUCAGUUCCGGGAAUACGUAAUUAGUGCGGUUUUCGGGGAAAUUUUUCCUCUAGUGAGUGAGAUACAGUGAUACAUUUUGUGAAACAAGAAGAUUUUUGGGAAAGUUCCGGCAAAAAUUUGUUUCACGCCGUCCAAUUCAUCAUCUAAAUUCUGCUGAAAUUUCUCGACGCAAAUUUCUUUGACGCAUCGGUUGUGCUAAUUGUCAACGUCGCCACUUUCUGAGGCUUGACGUAUCAAUACCACGCCCUAAACGCUCUGCAAGAAAAAUAUGCCGGCUAUCUCCAAAUCCUCGGAUUUCCUUGCAAUCAAUUCGGUUAUCAAGAGCCCGGUGCAAAUGCCACAGAGAUUUUCAACGGCAUCGCCUACGUCCGACCCGGAAAUGGUUUUGUGCCAAAUUUUCCGUUGUUCAACAAGAUUAGAGUGA